UACUAGUGUGUGUGCUCUGCAAAAUGCGGCGCUUGGUGAUAAUGCCCUUCUACUGCGCUUUGGAUGCCCAAUACAUUGGUGUAGUGGCUGAACAUUAGCUAAACUUCUGAGUUAUUUCUCCUAUCCUUAUAAUGAUUAGCUCGUGAUUAGAAAGGCCGCUUUUAGUUUUCCAUCAUGGUGCGUUUUAGCACCUUAUGACUGUCUGAUGCUGACAGCCAGGACAGAUUGAAGGCAACAUUACAGUAGAUGUGAGUGCGCGAAUCAAAGUCCUAGCUAAUACUGGACUGUUGCGGUCUAUCGGGCUAACUAGCAUGGUGGUCAGCAAUCGGCAAACCAUAUUUUGUAAUAUUCCAAUCGUAGCCUGAACCUUCUUGAUGAUAUAAAGGUGUGCAUGUUUCAAGAAAGAUGGUACCUCCGUGUAAAUAACGAACAGAGCCGGACAACAGGACCAGUGUGGACAGAGCUGUGUCUCUCCAAAGACAGCUCUGUUGCACUGGCUGCAACUACUCUCUGACACUGGAACUGUACAGAUCCCAGACAGGCUCAGAAGUGACUGACCACAGCCCAUUCAGAACCAGGACCUGGCACUGGGCUGGUUCUUCUAACCAAACAGAGAAGGUCCAAUCAAGGAAGACCCUUAGGAGGUCCAUUAAAGGGCUGGUCGGAGGCUCUGUGGACUUUUACCCAUUGAAAUGUCAAUCGGAAGGGCAGAAGGGAUGUCUAUCGCCCAGGCCUUAGCCAUGACAGUGGCUGAAAUCCCUGUUUUUCUCUACUCCACUUUUGGACAGUCCAUAUUCUCUCAGCUGAAGCUCUCUCCGAGUCUGAAGAAGGUGCUGUUUGCCACUGCCUUGGGGAGCGUGGCCCUGGCUCUCACCGCCCACCAAAUGAAGAGACGCGGUCGCAAACGCAAACAAGCGACGUCUACGAAUGACGAGCAGAAGCCGGUGGGAAUACCAGAAGCUUUGCUCCGGUCAGGACGACCGUCAUCCCUGAAGAGAGGUGGUCCGUUUCCUGGGCGACAGAUGAUGAGUCCCAGCACGCGAAGCAACGACACCAUGAGUGGCAUCUCCUCUCUAGCCCCCAGCAAACACUCUAGCUCCUCCCACAGCAUAGCCUCUAUGCGAGUCCCACCCUCUCCAAACCAGUCGGCCAAUCCGUUGACUGCCUGGGAGACUGAGCCGGUGCAGGAGGAGUCAGGAUCCGUGGAGGAUGCAAAUGCAGAGAACCUGUACAUCAUUGGCAUGGAGCUGUUUGAGGAGGCCCUUCAGAAGUGGGAGCAGGCACUGAACAUCCGCCACCGCUCCCACUCCAGUGCCUCCAACGCCAGCACCAGCCUGACCCUAGACGUGCCGGCAGCCUCUCCCAAACAGCCCACGGUACGCCACAGAACAAUCUCACUCUCAACGUCUGAGUCGCGUAACAAGGUCUUUGCUGAGAAGCUGGAGACUCUCCUUCACCGGGCAUACCACCUGCAGGAAGACUUUGGCGCCACCAUUCCCCCAGAUAGCCUGCUGGCUGACUUUGAGAGCGAGGGAACCCUCAUCAUGCCAAACUUGGAGAGUAGAAUGCGCGAUGAUGACACCACAACAAUCACUUCGGAUGAUUCCUUUUUCUCAGCGGCAGAGCUGUUUGACAACCUAUCUCUGGAGGAGGUGUACCAGCCUCUAAGGCCGGCUGCUCUUUACGACGAGGCUCUGUCACUAGUGCAGGCAGGCGGUGUUCCCUGUCGAGCGCUCCGAACUGAUCUGCUAGAAUGCUACGGUGACAAAGACUUCCUUGCCAAACUCCACUGUGUCAGACAAGCUUUUCAGGUUCUUUUGCUGGAUGAAACUCACCGCACGUUCUUCAUGGAGUCCGGCAAGCAGAUGAUCACCGGACUCAUGACCAAAGCAAAUAAGAGUCCCAAAGCCUUCCUAGAAGCCUAUGAAGACAUGCUUCUUUACACCCAGAGAGAAGAGACUUGGCCGGUCAGCAAGAUGGAGCUGGAGGGCCGAGGGGUGGUGGUUAUGAACUUCUUUGACAUUGUGCUGGACUUCAUCCUAAUGGACGCCUUUGAGGAUCUAGAGAGCCCCCCCUCGUCCGUGGUGGCUGUGCUUAGAAACCGCUGGCUCUCGGACAGCUUCAAGGAGACGGCCCUGGCAACUGCAUGUUGGUCCGUUCUGAAGGCCAAGCGGCGUCUGCUGAUGGUUCCUGAUGGAUUCAUCUCCCACUUCUACGCCAUAUCCGAACAUGUUAGCCCAGUCCUGGCCUUUGGCUUCCUGGGGCCACGACAGCACUUAAGCGAGGUGUGCACCAUCUUUAAGCAACAAAUAGUGCAGUACCUGAAAGACAUGUUCGACCACGACAAGGUGCGCUUCACCUCGGCCCAGUCCCUGGCCGAAGACAUCCUCAGUCUGUCGCACCGCCGCAGUGACAUCCUGCUGGGAUACCUGGGCAUCCACGGCCUGCAGGAGCCCAACGGAGCCCUGCCGCAGGCCAACGCCGCCGCCGGUUUCUGUCCCUCCAACCACCACUGAAGAUGGUUUUAAACAGACUUCAACGGGGAGGCGCUACCUGAAUUUGUCCAUUAAGGAGAACAAUGUACAUUUUUAGAUUUGGCAUACGGUUCACUUCGGUGUGACCUAAUGAAAAUGUCGUCAGUGUCUGACUUGAGCUACGUGGGACGGGACUGUGUCGGUUACAACCGGACAGAUUUACCGGGGGUCAUCAUUCACAUGGUUGAGCGGAGGCAUUUACCUUAUCAGUCCGGCUGCAGUACUCCCUGCUGAGCAUCCGGCAGAACCCAGCUUGUAUUGGACUUCAUGGAACUUGUAUUGGGCUUUUAGGAACAUUAUGGCUCCAUCCACCCUCUUUCUGUUAGAAGAUCUGGAGGUUAAUUCUCCCUUCUUUCUUCCGACUUGUGAACCAACAACCAACUGACAAGAUUACGUCUAUGUUCUUGCUGUGCUGUAUGUGUGUUCUGGGACAGGGGAACCAUGGUCUCGACACUUGGCCAAAUAAAGACUUGCACUCAGAUAUGACGAUGUUGUUAGACAUGUUGCUUCGGUUCCCUCUAGGUUAAACCAUUGGACAUUUGUUUAUAAAUGUACGUAUUUAUUCCGAUAAUGUUAGGAUAACAAUAUAAUGAAAAGGGUUCCACCAGGAGAGUAAUUCUUGUAACACAGUCUGUAAGGCAAGAUGUUGGACAGUUAUCCCAGUCUGGUCCUCUGCUUGGUCCAUGCAGAGAGACACCACUGAGGAAAUUCUAAUAUACUGUGGGGUUUAUCUCUGUGACAACGCUAGUUAUAGACCGUCCCCAGGAGAACAAGAUGUAGGUUAUAAUGAGCUGCUUUGGAUGAAAUGGGAUAUGGUCACUUCUGAAGUGUGUUGUGUCUGUGUGUUUGUGAGAGUGUGUGGGAGUGUACGAGCCACAGAAAAGGUUCUCUUAUUGUCAGUAAUCACACCUUUGGUAUGUUUGGGGGAAAAAAAGAAGGAAAAAAAGCAAUACAGUACCUAAUCACGGAGUCGGUGAAGUGUAUUGUGCUCUCACUCAUAACACGCUGUUUAAUGGAGGGUUGUCAAGGAUCGUUGGCAGGCUAGUGGCCAGUCUAAUUCAAAUGACAUUAUAUAGUAUGCAGUAUGUUAGUGUGAUCUUGAUGUAAAACCUCUGUGUAUUUUUGCUGUGUAUUCUGAAUAAUUGCUUAACGAUGUCGUGUUAGCCCAGAAUCCCAACUCAAAUGUAAAUCCACAUACACUCUGCAGCCAGUUUAAGGACGCCCAUGAAGUACAGGGUCAGAACCCACUUUUCCUUUGAUGGAUUAUACUGUGCCAAAACAUUCCACAUUGAUUUUUGUCCAUGCUGACACAAUGGCCUCAUGCACUUGCAGCAGAUUGGACGGUGGUACAUUCGUGCUAAGAAUGUCCCGUUCAGAUGCAUCCCAAUGAUGCUCUAUUGCAGUAGUUUCCAACCUUUUUCAGUCACUGUACCACCAAGUAUCCCAUGUACAUUUGAUCUGUAAACACUAUGGACGUGUGAGUGCCCCCUGUGGAUAGGCUUAAUAUUUCUAGGGAUCCUUGCACCCCUGGUUUGGGGACUGCUUUAAUUGGCUGAGGUCUGGGGAUGACACAAGUUUAGAGUUUGCCUGCCCACUGGAGCUGAUAGGAUGCUAACCCACUGUGGUUGUCUGCUGCUACAGCCCAUCUAUUACAAGGACCGAUGAGUUGUGUUCUGAGAUGCUGUUCUUCACACCACUGUUGUAAGGUGAUGUUUUGUUUAUUACUGCACCUGUUUCUGGCCCAGCUAUUAACUUGUACUUUUGCCAUUUCCCUUCAACCUAUUUGGUUUCACCCACAGCACAGUUUUAUUUUAUUAUUAUUUGCACCUUAGACACAUGUUUGUGCAUGUGUGAGUGAGUGAAAGGAGCAAGGGCAAUUCUGACAAUCAUAUCACACUUAACAUUGUUCAAUUGAACAGUGACUGAAUACCCCAAGGCCUGCCGGCCUGUGUAGCUAGCCAUGAUCCUGUUUUUGUGAUUGUGGUGGUGUCCCUAAUAAACUGGCUGAAGUGAAACCAUUAUUAAGAGGAGCAUAAGAGUUUGGAUUCUUGGCUAGUAACCUUUAUCUGGAAGCGUAGCUUAAAUAUACAGUUCUACUGUUGGAUAUUGAACUAUUCUAUUACCAGUAGUCUCACUUUGUUGUGUUAUUUUCUGGCACAUGGGAGACCUUGCCUUUGUUUAUAUUUGUUGCACUUUAAUGAAAAAAAGAAAUAUUUUUAAAUGCUCUUCUAACUCUAUUUUUUUGCAAGGAAAAUAGAUAGCACACUUGAGGCAAGAUCAUUUGUAGGCCUAAUUAUACAUUGGACUUGCUCAUAGAAAAGGUACUGAUGAUGAUAUUGACUUUUAACAUACCUUACUGAUAACCCUUUGAGGUUGAGGUUUUUCCAGAAAUGUAGUCUAACGGUAAGAUGGGCAGACAAAUUACCUUUUUGUUUUCUUGUCUAUUUAGCAUGUUUUUUUGUUUUAAUUUGUAUAAAUGAUCUCAUUUGAUUGUCAAAUGAAAACUCCCCUGCCUAUUUUGGAGUCCCCUAACAUCAAAUUACUAUCAAAUGUAUAGUAGCCUAUAUGAUGUAUGAAUCUCUCAGUAUCAACAUCCCAGUAGGAAAUUAUAACAAUAGUUAUGUAUUAAUGCCCAGAAAACCGAAUGUUAGUGUUUGGGCUUUGAGAUUAGUUUACUUUUUCUUAAAGAAAAACCAACAAUAAUUUUACAUUAUUGUAUGUAUUAUCAGAGAAUCACAUUGUCCUUUGCCGCCUUUGCAUGUGGAUUCUUGUCAUAUCUGUACAGUUAUUUGUUUUUUGUCCAAUCAGUCAGCAUAGUGUUGGGUGCUUCAAUUAAAUUGGAAAUAAUUAUCUUAAUUACUGAUACUUGUAAUUUAAAAAGUAGGGGGAAAAAUUAAUCAACAAAGAAAAUAGCUGAUUUUGGGAUCACUCUGAACGGAUUAUAGCUGCUUGUAACAGUUUUCUAUGUGGAAUGUGCUUAAAUGUUAGGAUUCAGGUAUUGGGACUCUUAUGUAAGCAGAUGAGGCAGGCUAGUUAACUCUGGUUAUUCAUUCUGCUUAUGAGACUGUAGGCUUCUGAUGAUUGCAAAUGGUCACAGGAUAAAACAUUUGAAAGUA